AUGACUCCUUUUAAGGCUUUAUAUGGGCGAGACCCCCAGAUGCUUUUUCGAUGGGGUUCCGAAGUAACCAAAGUUGAUGAGGUAAGGGUAUUUCUACAGCAAAAAGAUGCCAUUCUACAUGAAUUAAAACAACAGCUCCAUAAAGCCCAGGAAAGGAUGAAACGUCAAGUCGAUUUAAAACGUCGUGAACUCCACUUUGAAGUUGGUGAGAAAGUGUUCCUUAAAAUUCAACCUUAUCGGUUCAAGACACUUGCUAAGAAGCUCAAUGAAAAAUUGAGCUCUCGUUUUUAUGGUCCUUAUGUUAUCACUAAAAAGAUUGGUUCGGUUGUCUAUCGUCUUGUUUUACCUUCCACUAGUAAAAUCCAUACGGUUUUCCAUGUGUCACAGUUGAAGAGGAUAAUAGGGGCUGCUAUACAACCACAACCACUGCCUGGCUGCCUUUCUGAAGACUUAGAAUUGCAACUACAGUUGGAAGCUUUAUUGGAUACUCAUUAUUCUAAAACUGGUCGCCUUGAGGUCCUCAUCAAAUGGCACUCUCUUCCGAACUGUAUUGAUAGAGGCCUAAUUACCAAAGUGUAUUUUCGUAGGCCCAAGAAGAGCAAAGAGGAAGCUGGCCCAGAGAAGGAAGGAAGAAAGAAGCUCUCAGCUGAGGAUUCAAGGAUUAACAAGAUGAAGGGCAAUCUGGGGAUUAAAGAAGCUGAACACUGGGAUUUUUGGGACUCUUUAACUGGUGAUACUGGUGAAAUUCAUGCAGAAGUGCGAGACCAAAUUGACACAAAGAUAGCAGAGUGGAGGGAGGAAGGGAAGGCAGAGAUUGUGCCCGGUUUGCGGUGUCCUAUUCAUUAUGAGGUGCAAGUGCUUGACGUUGAGUGCUUUUCCUUUCUGAACCAUGGUGUGGAGAAUGAGAUGGCUCCAAUAUUAGUUGUUGCUACCAGCAGAGGGAUCGCCAGAAUCAGGGGCACAAACUACAAAGCUGCUCAUGGAAUUCCAAUGGAUCUCCUCAAUCGUCUCCUCAUCAUCUCAACUAAACCUUACACAAGAGAUCAAUUUCGCAAAAUUCUAGAAAUCAGUUGUCAGGAGGAAGAUGUUGAAAUGAUUGAAGAUGCAAAGCAAUUGCUAACCUGUGUUGGUUACGGAACAUCCUUGAGAUAUGCUAUUCAUCUUAUUUCAGCUGCUGCUUUAGCAUGUCAGAAACGGAAGGGAAAGGCUGUGAAUAUCCAGGACAUGGAAUGUGCGUAUCGCCUAUCAACUCGGUAUUUGAUGAAAUAA